AUGCCUACAUAUUACAAUCCUAAUAUUAAAUCAAUAACUCCUACUGCUCCUUUUAGAAUGUUAACAACUCCAUCGUCAAAAUUUUCUACACCAACUCUGAAACAGCCAAAACCUGCCAAAACUGACAUCAUCUUUCCUCUUUCAAAUGAUUCACAUUAUGUUUCCGCAUCAAAUUUCUUAAAAAGAAUUGAGAAUGAGAAAGUCUUAUGUUUGGCAUUAGCAAUUGCAUAUUUUGAUCUAAUAAUGUUUUUUAAAGAGGAGUGCGAAAUAUGUUAUGAAAAAUCUAAAAAAGCUUUAAAAAAAAAAGUUGACUAUGAUGAACAGAAAAUUAAUGAAAUCUUGAGAAAAGUUAAAGAAUGG